AGUUCUAUUUAAAGCAAAAUUUGCAUCCCCAGGCACACUGAGAGCACUUGAUGCACUUUCUAUCAACUUGUUCUCCAAGCUCUUAAGUGCUAAGCUUUGCUAUCCAUAAAAUUCGGUUUUUUCUCCACAUAGCAUAGCUCACGACCAUGAGAAAUUUACUUCUUCAAAAGCCUGAGGUGAGUGCGGCAGUUGAUGUUACAGGUAGUCUCAGUUAUGGUUGGGAGCAUAUAAUCAUUCCAAUGAUUGUACCGCUUCUAUCUGUAGCAAUAUACUUAUGUGCGGGGAUGUCUAUUAUGCUUUUUGUCGAACGAGUUUACAUGGCCAUUGUAAUCCUAUGCGUAAAGCUUUUGGGAAAGAAAAGAUCCACCGAGUAUAAGUUGGAUGACCUGAAAGAAGACCUAGAGCGCAACAAAAGCUAUCCCAUGGUGUUGAUACAAAUACCCAUGUACAACGAGAUGGAGGUUUACAAGCUUUCAAUUGGGGCUGUAUGCGCGCUUUCAUGGCCAUCGGAUCGCUUAAUUGUCCAGGUCCUAGAUGACUCCACCAAUGAAGUCCUAAGGGCUUUGGUGGAGUUGGAGUGCCAAAAAUGGGUAGAAAAAGGGGUAAAUGUAAAGUACGAAACAAGGAAUAACAGGAAUGGAUACAAGGCUGGAGCCCUUAAUGACGGAAUGCAGAAGCCAUAUGUGCAAAAGUGUGAAUUCGUAGCAAUAUUCGACGCAGACUUCCAACCUGACAAAGAUUUUCUUUGGAGGACAAUUCCCUAUCUUCUUGAGAACCCAAAAUUGGGUUUGGUUCAGGCCAGAUGGAAAUUUGUUAAUGCGGAUGAAUGUCUGAUGACCCGUCUCCAAGAGAUGUCACUAGACUAUCACUUCUCUGUCGAACAAGAAGUUGGCUCGUCGAUGUAUUCUUUCUUUGGGUUUAACGGGACUGCUGGAGUUUGGCGGAUACAAACAGUGAAUGAUGCUGAUGGAUGGAAAGAUCGUACGACAGUGGAAGACAUGGAUCUUGCGGUCAGGGCUAGCCUUAAAGGUUGGAAAUUUGUCUUCGUGGGGGACUUAGCGGUCAAAAAUGAACUCCCAAGUACUUUUAAGGCUUACCGAUAUCAGCAGCACCGCUGGUCAUGUGGCCCAGCUAACUUAUUCAGGAAAAUGAUCAAGGAAAUCAUAUUCUGUGAGAGGGUGACAAUCUGGAAGAAAUUUCAUAUCAUCUACCAAUUCUUUUUCGUGAGAAAGAUAGUAGCACACUGGGUCACUUUCUUCUUUUACGGCAUCAUAAUUCCAGUGAGUGUCUUAGUUCCUGAAGUCCAUCUUCCCAAGCCGAUAGCCAUAUACAUUCCGGCAACAAUUACCAUUCUGAAUGUUCUCUGCACACCCAGGUCUAUGCAUCUGCUUGUCUUCUGGAUCUUGUUUGAGAAUGUGAUGUCUCUACAUCGAUCUAAGGCAGCAAUCAUAGGACUUCUAGAAGGCAACCGUGUAAAUGAAUGGGUCGUGACUGAGAAGCUAGGGAACACCUCAAAGCAAAAGUUGAAUGCCAAACUAUCAAAGCAGCCUCAAUCACGAAUUGGAGAAAGGAUCCAUGUCUUGGAGCUGAUAAUGGGGAUGUUUAUGCUGCACUGUGCAAUCUACAAUCUGCUCUAUGGAAGAGAUCAUUUCUUUGUAUAUCUGUUAUUGCAAGCAGGGGCUUUCUUCACAAUCGGAUUUGGGCAUGUCGGGACAUUCGUCUCCAACUAGAACUCUAUAUCCCAAAAUGAAGCCCUCAAGCGAAUUGUAACACAUGCUGUGGACUGAUAAGCAAUAUAGUUGGCUGAGUGUACGCCAUAGGAUACCAGUGACUUGGGAGGUUAAGUGUAACAAGUGCAAGUGUUAGUGCAUCAAUUACUAGGGAAAUUAUCAGGACAUUAGCAACAUGUUCUACAAUGUAUCAUAUGCACACAAUUACACAUGAAGUCCAGAUAAUGUGCCUACUGAAAUCUCAAGAAAAUUUUGAACUAAAAGGGUUAUCUCAAA